GCGGCUCUGAGCCCGAGGCGGCUUCCAGCCCGACUGGGCCUGCCGGGGCUGCCCCGCGCACGUGAUUCCUGUCAGAAUCACCAUUUUUGGUAAACAAACCAAGCCCAGAACCUGAUAAUUGUGGAGCAUUCUACACUGACAGUUCUUUGAGACAAAUUUCCUCUUGGCAUUUACACUGUGGCUUUAGCUUUCAAACCAGAGGUUCCUCUUACCCAGCAAAAAAUGGCUUUCCCGAAGAUGAGAUUGAUGUAUAUUUGCCUUCUGGUUCUGGGGGCUCUUUGUUUGUAUUUUAGCAUGUACAAUCUGAAUCCUUUCAAAGAACAGUCCUUUGUUUACAAGAAAGACGACAGGAUCUUCCUUAAGCUCCCAGAUACAGACUGCAGCCAAACACCUCCCUUCCUCGUCCUGCUGGUGACCUCAUCCCACAAACAGUUGGCUGAGCGCAUGGCCAUCCGGCAGACGUGGGGGAAAGAGAGGACAGUGAAGGGAAAGCAGCUGAAGACAUUCUUCCUCCUGGGGACCACCAGCAGUGCGGCGGAAACGAAACAGGUGGACCAGGAGAGCCAGCGACACGGGGACAUUAUCCAGAAGGAUUUCCUAGACGUCUAUUACAAUCUGACUCUAAAGACCAUGAUGGGCAUAGAAUGGGUCCAUCGCUUUUGUCCUCAGGCGGCGUUUGUGAUGAAAACAGACUCAGAUAUGUUCAUCAAUGUUGACUAUCUGACUGAACUGCUUCUGAAGAAAAACAGAACAACCAGGUUUUUCACUGGCUUCUUGAAACUCCAUGAGUUUCCCAUCAGGCAGCCAUUCAGUAAGUGGUUUGUCAGUAAAUCUGAAUAUCCGUGGGACAGGUACCCGCCGUUCUGCUCUGGCACUGGCUACGUGUUUUCCGGCGACGUGGCGAGUCAGGUGUACAAUGUCUCCGAGAGCGUCCCAUACAUUAAACUGGAAGACGUGUUUGUGGGGCUCUGCCUCAAAAGGCUGAACAUCAGAUUGGAGGAGCUCCACUCCAAGCCCACCUUUUUCCCAGGGGGCUUACGCUUCUCUGUGUGCCGCUUCAGGAGGAUUGUGGCCUGCCACUUCAUCAAGCCUCGGGCUCUCUUGGACUACUGGCAGGCUCUAGAGAAUUCCCGGGAGGAAGAUUGUCCGCCUGUCUGAGGGGAGCCCAGAGGCACAUCGGGACAAGUUUCAGAUAACCCAUGGGGAUAGUUUUUGCAAGAUUUUGGGAGGGGGGCAGGACAGAGGAUGCGGUUCUGUAGUGCUGAAAUCCACGCCAGAAUGUCGGUGUUCAUGAAGCCACUGAUUCGUUCCCACUUGGUGCCCCAGGCAAUAAUAGGCCCCGUCUCUUGGGCACGCACACUCUCUAUACUAAGUGUUCGGCAUACACCUCGAUUUUCGCAUUUCAGGGGUCAGUAUCCUAUGACAUGAUGGGUGUUACCAUCCCAAUUUUACAGGCAAGGAAACAGCAGCUGCGAGAGGUACAGAAACUUGUCCCAAGGCCCCCAGCCAGUAGACACAGGAGCAGGAAUGAAAAUCGAGCACUGUCAGAAUCUGGUGGGCAGCCCCUGACUUGAACCACUCCCACAUGCUGCCUCCCUUAGGAGGGGACACUGAUGAUGAGUUCUCCGAGCCGGCAUCCUUCUGUCCCUGUCCAGAGUCCCCUCCACCUCAGCUCCCAAUCCUUGUGCUUUUUGGAGCUAAGCCUGGGAUGACCAAAUUCACCCCAGCUCCUUCACUCACAGGACUGGAUGUAGCUGGGACCGAGUCCGUGUUAUCGGCUCAGUACUCAACACAACCCAGGUUUCAUCCCAGGAAAUGUCCCCACGGUGGACGCAGCUCACAUGCUGAGGAACACCCAGCUCUGGACAGAGUUCUUAUAAAUGUAUAAAUUAGGCUCAGAAACCACUGCGUUCUGACCUGCUGUACAGACUGCCCACACUGCUGACCUGCCUAGCGAGCAGGACAUCACUUCUGAGCCAUCUGCUGCUCUCUCGUUUCAUCACCCCAACUGUCCCUUGUUUUUGAUCAAUGGGGACCAACCACUGCCCCAGGAGAACUUCAGGGCUCUCAGUUCAAACUGAAGGACAGUUGAACUCAGACGUGGUUCAUGCGGGAUUCUGGGAGCUUUCUGGGAAUUCAGUCGGAGUCAAGUCAGGAUGCUCUCAAGGACCCCUCGGGCUCAGAGCUCUAAAGUGGGCCCUGGUGAAGCAGGGUGGUCCUGCGUCCACUUCCCAAGCCUGAGCCAAGCUCAUCUUGAUGGAAUUUCUCAUUUGGCCGAGGAACAACUGAACUUUGUGGUUUGGUGUUUAGCCUUCAGUUUACUCUGCUGCCUCCUAUCCAGAGGUUUGUGCGAGCCCGUUUUGCAGGGUUGUGUAAAACCAAGGCACUUCUUUGGUUUUGCCCAUUCAGCCACGGUCACGUGACAUGCAAAGUAAUCUUGCUCCUAAUUAUAGAAAUGAUUUGUUUUUUAUUUUUUACUUUACCAGACUUUACUUUGUACUCAGAGAAGAGGCCUCACGUGGCUGUGUCGCAUAUAAAUGUUGGACUAAACUCUUACUUGAACUCAGGAAAUGUUACUUGCUGCAAAAUGGUUUUGACCAUGUUCAAUUGCAAAAGUACGUCUGAUAUCCUAUUUUGCAUACCAUUUCUUGUGUUUGGAUUAAGCUGCUUCUUCGUAGAUGUGUUUCCUCAUCCUGGCUGCUCUGAACGCACUGGGUCAUGUUCAGAAAAGCCUCCUUCUCAGGUGGAAAAAAUCAGGGACUGAGCUUGUCUUUUGAAGCCCAAAUUGAAGAGCCACGCCCCUCCGUUCCAUAGGAUGGGCUGCCUGUCAUUCUGAAGAUGACCGUGCUUUGAGGGAGAAGUUGUCUGUCUGGCAGUAGGCCUGCGUCUGUGUUUCGUGGUCUACCUUGUCAGGCGUGUGUCUGUGUGGCCACUGGUCUCAGUCGGUGAGGCUGGUCCAGCUGCUGCCUCUGUGCGACUGGCUUUGGGUCUGGCCUUCACAGCAUCAGCUCACAGCCCACAGGUCCAGGGACAAAUGAGGACAGGUGUGGGCUCUCCCUACUGCUUCUGUGUGUUCUUAAAGGAUUUCCUUUGAGACCCAUUGUUUUCCCCAUUGUUUCCCCUCCCCUCCUCUCCCAUCCCCUCCCCUCUUCUUUUUUUUUUCUGACAGGGUCUCACCCUGUCACUCAAGCUGGAGCGCAGUGGCCUGAUCUCGCUGCAGCCUUGAACUCAACAAGCCUCAAACGAGCCUCCUGCCUCUGUCAGUGUGUAGUUGGAUUACAGGUGUGUAUUUCUUUAUACAAUGAAUAAUUCUUUUUCUUGAGGAAAACAUUAUUUCAUGAAUCUAGAGCUUGAAGGAACCUUAGAGCUCAUUCAAUCCUGCCUCCUCUUUUAUGUGGGAUGCAAAUGAGGCCCGGAGAGACCUAGCAACUUGCCCAGGACCUUCCCAGCUUGUUUGUUGCAGAAGGAGGGUUCCAGCGCAGCGUGGGUUUCCUGGUGCUGGCUUGUCUGGACGUGAGAGUGAGACACGAUGUGAAAGCAUGAGUGAGGAGGCCAAGCGCUGCUUCCCCAGGAACACCCAGCGCUAGCUCCAGAGUGGGACUGGAGAGGUCUGGGUUGGCCGGGCCAGGGCUUCACCGCAGGCACCCAGAGAGGAAGGAUUCUGAUGGGCAGGUGCUGAGGUAGGGGCUGUGUAGGUGCUGCCCCAUCUACAUGCUCUCAAUGAGUUUUCCGGGGGCAGGGACCCCCAGUUGCUCAGGUUUACAGAUUAGGAAACUGAGGCAGAGAGAGAGAGGGUGAACAACUUGUUCGAGGUUACACAGGUGAAAAGUGGUGGAAAUGGGGUGACCUAAGCUGCCCUGUGGCCUCCCCAGCCACCUGCUGACGGAGCUGCAGGAGCACAUUGCAUUGGCUGCUCCCACUGCCUCUCUGGGGUGCCUCCUCAGACUCCCCCAACCAUGUACGCCUACCCCCAGCCCCCAAACCUCUGUACUCUGCCUUCUACUGUGACUGUGGCAGGAGCCACUUGGCCCCCAUGGUGCCAGAACCCCUGGUAUUGGACUGACUCCAGCUCUUCUUCCACAACUCCUGAUGUGGCCUCACUCUCAUCCUGCCACCUGCUGUCCCCUCUGCUGGAUCACCCCAUAAGCGCACAGACACGCUGCCGUUUUCCACCUGACCAGAAACG